AUGGCGGACUCGCGCCCUGGGGCUGCGCGCCGGCGGGGCCGGGGCAAGAGGCGGCGGGUGGGGGCUUCGCCCUCCUCGGCCUUCCGCCUUCCACCGCUGGGCGUCACCUUCCUCUUCCUCCUGCUUCAGAGAGCCCCCGCAGUUCAGUCUUCAAGGAGAUUCUCAGGAAUUGCAAAUCCAAACCAUAAUGAUUUGAAAAUAGUAGGAUCAACCACAUUUCCAGUCAAAAUUUAUGUCAAGUUGAAUCACAACAGUCCACGUAUUUUGUGUGUAACAAAUCGGCUACGAAAUUCAGAGCUGAUAGAUCCAGUAUUUCAAUGGCAUGGACCAGGAGGUGACCUUAUUGCAGUCGAAAAUAGCAGUGUGAAAAUAACACCAACAGGAACCCUAAUAUUCAGACACUUCAAAUACGACAUGAGUGGAAUUUACACUUGUUCCCUCGUUUUUAAACCAACUGCAGAGCAGACUGAAAAAAACUAUUUGCUCAAAUAUGUUAUUUAUGCUUAUUCUGAUCCUAAUUUUUACUAUGAGUUUACAGCCCGGUAUCAUGCAGCACCUUGCAACAGUAUCUACAAUAUAUCCUUUGAGAAGAAGUUGCUUCAAAUACUAAGCAAACUUGUCAUUGAACUUUCUUGUGAGGUUACUUUACUCAAGUCAGAGUGCCAUCAUGUAAAAAUGCAGAAAGCAGGUCUACAAAAUGAAAUCUUCUUUACUUUUACAGUUUCUUCUUUAGAUACAGAAAAAACCAACAAUCCAUGUCAGCAAAAGAAUUGUGAUACUGCUAAAAGAUUAAAGAAGGCAAAAGACCUUAUAGAGAGAUUUUUUAACCAACAAGUGGAAGUGCUGGGGAAACGUUCUGAGCCCUUACCUGAAAUAUACUAUAUUGAAGGUACUCUGCAAAUGGUAUGGGUUAAUCGCUGCUAUCCAGGAUAUGGAAUAAAUGCUCUGAUACAUCCAGAUUGUCCUGAUUGUUGUGUUGUCUGCAGCCCAGGAUCAUAUAAUCACGAUGGAGUUCACUGUCUUCAGUGCAACCAUACUUUGAUAUACGGAGCAGCAAAAUGUUAG